UUUUAACUUAAUUAGAUAAUAAUAGCUAUAAAAUAUUCAAAAUGCUUUAUAUUGUUUGUUUUCCCUUAUUCUUCUUUAUCUUUUUCUACUAUCCGUUUGUGUUUUUUUUUUCUCUCUCCUCUCUCUCCUCUCUCUCUUUUUUAAAUCUAGAAAACCUAAUUACUAAAAUAAACCAACCGUGUCGUCUCUACUUUAACAUAUACACAUUGUUUUUUUUUCUUUUUAUAUAACAAACUUUGUUUUUUGUUUCAUCUUUUUUCUUCCUUUUUAAUAUUUUCAAUUAUCUUCUUUUCACUUUUUCUCUCUCUUUCUCUCUCUUUCUCUCUAUAUCUCGCUUUUGUCCUCUUGUUUUAAUGAAAUUAUCUUUUAUUCUCAGAUGUAAAGUUUGCGGAAAAGCAUUUUCACAGAAAUCAAAUUUAGGACAACAUAUGAAAGUUCAUGGAGCUGGAGAUCAAACGAAAUAUCAAUGUGAAUUUUGUCAAUUUUCUUCAAAAUGGAAAACGUCUUUGCAAGUCCAUCUGAGAACUCAUACAGGGGAAAGACCUUUUAAGUGCAAGCUAUGUGACAGAACGUUUUCUCAAUCGACUCACUGCAAUUCUCACAUGAGAGAAGCACACGAGGGAAUCCGAUCUUACAAGUGCCCUCACUGUCAGAAGCAGUUUAAGAGGCUCGAGCAUUUAAUGAAGCAUAAGGAGUACCAUUCAACUAAAUCUUAUCCUUGCAAACACUGUAAUAUAACAUUCCACUCGAUCUGGUCUCUGAAGAAGCAUAGAAAAAAGUGCACGCGAUGCUUCUUACUAUGCUCGCUUUGCAAUCAGCAAUGCAUCGAUCGUCAAGCUUUGGCUUUUCAUUACGCUCAGCAUUGCUCCAUACAUCAGGCCCAUUGUACUAUUUGCGUAAAGUAUCGCACGUCGCAAUUAACCGAUGCUGCCGAAUCGGCGAAAAGAUGCAACAAAAUGUGUGGAUUUUGUAGUAAGGCAUUCGCUUCACCCUACCUCAGACUAGUCCAUGAAAGUUUCGGGCACAGAGGAAAUGAAAAUAUAAAAGUUUGCGAUGGGUGCUUUUUCAAAACCAAGAGCGAAACUUCUCUUCAAAAACAUUAUCGAUUAUUUCACGGAACAAAUAAGAACUUGAAACGCCUACAUUGCGUGUUCUGCACACGAUAUUUUAGGUCCAAAACAAUUCGUUUAGUUCAUACAACACGGGUGCAUAAAUUCGAAUAUGCUAAAACCUGUAAAGAGCGAUGGGCUAGACAUAUGAUAUAUAAAUUAGCUGGAAAGGAUUUAGCGUCUCAGAUUCUUAACGGUCAAUAUCUACCGACGAGUCGUAAAACAGAAACGAUAAUGAAAUUGACAACGUCCUCUGGAAGAAGAGGCGGCAGGCGAGACAUUAAAGAUCCCCAAAGUCCAGUCGAUAAUCGUCCUAAGGACACAAUAGUCAUUGAACCUGUACCUCAAAAACAGAGAAGGAAACAAGCCGCUCCACAAAAAAUAUCAAAGGUCGACGCUUCCGAUAAAAUGCAAUUAAUAAAGCUUAACGGCGGAAAGAAUGAAACACCCUCGCCGUUCCGUUUUAUAGUGGGUAGCAACGCCAUAACUCAAUCCGUCUUUAUUCCCCAAACCCUAUCAGCCUUAGGACUGCAGCCCAUAGCCAAUAAUUCUGGCGUAAUACCAGUACCAACCAUUAAUGUAAAAUCCGAACCAGAAACCGAUGAGUCAUCUUUAAAUGUCUCACUCGAUUCACUCGAAGCCGAAAUGGUAAAAACAGAAGAUACCGGCGAAUUAAUUCAAGUCCUACCCGAACGUAUACUUUGA